AGAAACAGACAGGUGUUCGUUAAUGAUUUCUCUCCUCCUCCUCCCCUCUCCACCUCCACCAAUAGCUGUGGCCUUGGGCAACUCCUGACUUUUAUUUUAUCUUGUCUCCUCUUAUCCUCCUCUUCCAACGCACCCUUUCUUCACCACUCGCUCCUCCCGCUUUCUCUGGUUUCGUCCCUUUAGUCCUUAUGUUUUUUUAAUGCACGCUCUCUUCCUCCCUCCCUUCGUCUCUCUUGGCCACGUUCAUCUUUGGAUUGUUAUGAUUGCUGUGCGUUCCUCUGCCAUGGCCUGCAGGAAGAGUGAGUUAGUACAUGUCAGCGAGCACAGGUAUGCACUGUGGACACCGACCGGCUGGCUCAUUCACUGACUCCUGGAGUGAGGAGGGAGUCGCUCGCAUGCAUGAGCUGCAGACGAAAGCCCCAAAUAAGCCACAAGGUAAUGAUGCAGCAAACAAAACAACGUGGCAUAGCACGGGGAUUCACCUGAGCAGUAAAAAAACAAACAAACAAAAAAAAACAAAACAGGAAAAACAAUACCAACCUGAUCCUGUUUCUGUGUCACAUUUCAUAUCAUUAAUAUAAAAAUAUCAAUGCACCGUUAAAAAUGCCACACAAACCUUUGCCUUGCUUUUUGACUAAUUUAAAAUCUUAAUUCUAUUGUACACCCUACAUUUUAUCUUACCAAAAAUAUUUUAAAUUGCCACUAGUUAUGUUUUAAUUCUAAGUGCUACUAUUUAAUUUUUUUUUCUCAGAAUAGUGAUGACACAAAAGUAAAAUCGCAGACAGCUUAGAGGCCUAUAGUGACCUAUUUUCCACCAACAAAAACGGGAACAAUUAGAUGUCCAUGACUGUUGAGUAAACUGGUGUCCCGAGUUAACCCAACUCCCCACCUCCACAACCCACUAGCAUUCUUUUCAUGUUUGAUUAGUGAACAUAGUUGAUGCAGCAGGAAGCAGGGAACACUGAGAGAGAAGAGUUUAAGCAUGCCUUAGCAGCUUCUUUCUGUCACCAGCUCACAGUCUGACAUUUGGCGAAACACACACACACCCAGAGGCUAUCCUAAAAAUGAAGCCGCACGAACAGGGUUGCAAAUAUACAGGGUGACACAAAAAAACGUGAACUUUUUAACAAUCCAAUAAAACCAAGAGUGAUGGAAGAAAAAUAUUUUAUUCAUAGUAAUUGAAAUCUUAAAACAUGCCAUUUAAGAAACGAUGGAAUUUUCUUUUUUUAAAAAUUACUAUGGCGUCCUCCUGUACAAAUGCAUUCUUGAAAUCUACCUGGGGCUAUCUCAAGAGUAAAGUGUACACGACUCUACCAAGAACUUUAGAUGAGUUCAAACAGAGAAUUCAGGAUGAAAUUCACAGUAUCCCAGCUGAGAUGUUGCAGCGGUCAAUGAGGACUCUCAACAGCAGAUUUCAAGAAUGCAUUCGUACAGGAGGACGAUUGUUAAAAAGUUCCUGUUUUUUUGUGUCACCCUGUACAAAAAUAAAGAUUGACAUGCAAAUGUAUGCUUUAGCAUGCAGGGAUUUAUGCUUGUUUUGAAUCAAUACGUGAAAAUGCACAAACUACACACUCAAAUAGCAUAAAAUACAUAAACACACACAACAAAUGCACUUUGACUAAUAAACAUGCUACCAUCACAUUGCACACACACAUACACAUGUUUACUAGUACACACUCCUGCAGAGGAGCAACAUUAUUCCUUCCUUGUCUGCCUAUCCCUCCUCUCCCUGUCUCAAAGCAGGUGCUGAAAUGAGACACUAAAUAACUAUUAGAGUUAGAGGAAGGGCAAGAGAAGGGGAGGAGGAAAAGAGAAAAUAAGAGAGCACUUCCCCAACAGUAGCAGAGAAAGAGAGAGAGAGGGAGGGAGGGGAAAGAAACGAGAGGGAAGAGAGAGCAGAGGAGCUUUGAGAGGGGAUCUGCAUUGUAAGUAACUCUGAGAGCAGCAAGUGGUGGCUCUUUUUUCAGCCUGCUUUUGUUUUUCUGAGGAGCAAAAGAAGAAGAAGAAUUAAGAGAACCAAGCAGAAGACUGCAGGUCUGAAAAGUCUGUGUAUACAAAACUGCAAGGGGAAAAGGGAGGAGAGAAGCCAGGAGGAACACAAGGCAGCAAUGGAUAGCAGAGCAGCUCAGCCUGACCCUGGGAUGGCCUGGAUCCACACACUGCUGCUCGCUGCCAUCCAGCACACACACUAGGCUGCUAACGCCACUGAGCCCCCAUGUGCCUGUUCAGCCAUGCUCCCUGGCUAUGGAUUCUCACCUUUUCCUGAUUUCCAACCCCACCUUAGUGCUUUUCGCUGCAGAGAGAGUCCCAGCAUGUGGAUCCCAGGCUCAGGAGAGUCCCAGGGUCUGAGUGAGGCCCAGGAGAACAGGCCUCUCCUUCAUACAUGCCACCACAAGCAUGUUGCCGUGUGCCAGCAAGAAACAUUGGCUUUUAUUGAGCUCCAACCACCACCGACUGCGAAAUUAAACAGCUUUGUCUCUCCAAGGCCGACUGUGAUUCCAGACGCACAAUGCAUGACCCACUCUUUGCCACUAAAUGGUCUCAGACACACGCUAAAUGAACUGAAUGACAUGCAGAAUGGCUGCCACAGAACAGACAGUGAGCAUGAAGCAAAUUUGAAUUUGAACUCUCUUCCACAUGCUGCAGAUGUCAGCGAGCUUGAAAGCCAUAAUGGCACUAGGACUUCUUUGCCGGAGCAGAUUGAAAAGCCACGGACCGUCACAACUGUAUGUCGUCCUCUCCAUGCAGCUCUUAGCCUCCCGCUGUCAUUUCCUCUGUCUUCUCUAUACACAAACCCAGACUCCUGGGAAUCUCAGGUACCUUGCUCGCCAUCCUCACCUGAAUGUCCAGGGUUUCCAGGCCCAGAUUCCUGCCAGCCUCAGAGGAGAACAUCACAAGGAUCAUUGAAAGAGAAGUCUAUCCGCAGGAAAAUGCAAGUUUAUUCCCCAGACAGUCUGAGUGAUGAAUCACUCAGCAGCCCUAUCCUGGAUGCAGAAUACAUCUUUCCUGGACCUUUUGCAUCUUUCCUGGAAGAGGACCUCAGUGGAUUAUCCUCUCUGGAAGCCAUUUCAAGUCCUUCAUCCACAGAUGGUGUUACAGAUCUCCCAAACCUCGGUCACAAUGAUAUUUUCAGUCUACCUGCAGAACCUCUGCAAAUAAUAGAGGACUCCAUGCCAGGGGUGGAGGAGGAGAGAGGAAGCGUAGAUACAUCGAUUGCCACAGGUAUGAGCUUUUUGUCACGCGGCCGCCAAGGAGACCAGGAACGGCGGCGCUUCUCAGCUUCAGAACUGAUAUCGAGACUGCAGCUGUCUCAAAGGAAGAACUCAUUCACCUUGAAGCUGGGGAAGUCGCUGUCUGCUCGAGUAGCCUCCAGGGACAGACAGAGCACCAGCAGCCUCAGCCCCAACACUGACUAUAAGUCCAACUCCAGACAUCGCAGUUCAGGAGGCUCUAGUGAUAGCGCCCCACACAGUCCUGUAGGACCAGCACCUCCACUGCCCAGCAGUGACAAUGGGAUGCCUUUGCAUCGGUGGAGCACAAAACUCGGAAUGCGAAAGAAAUCCAUAGAGGAGGAUGUGAGCACACCAUCUGUUCCUAGUUCAAAUCGACUAUCAAGGUUUUUGCCAAGCUCAAUUUUGUACCAGGAAUACAGCGAUGUUGCCAUCAAUAGAGAGAUCCAGAGGCAGCAAGGGAAGGAGCCAGGCACAGAGGAGGAGGGGCUCAGGGACGAGGGGUCAGAUGGGACCCCAUCGCCAUCCAAUCUGUCUCCAUCCAGCUCCUUUCGUUCAUCACGAGGCUCUGCUUUUGCUCUGUGGCAGGACAUACCUGAUGUUCGAACCAGCGGUCAGCUCGACAACUUCAGCAAUGAGGAAAGAAAAUUACAGGAGGCCAAGUUUGAGUUGGUGACAUCUGAGGCAUCAUACAUUCGUAGUUUGACAAUUGCGGUGGACCACUUCAUGCUGUCGCAGGAGCUUGCAGAGUCUCUUGGGACUCAGGAUAAGCAGUGGCUCUUCUCCAAGCUGCCUGAAGUCAAAGAUGUCAGUGAGAGGUUUCUUCAGGACUUGGAGCACAGGCUGGAGGAAGACAUUCUCAGAUUUGAUGUCUGUGACAUCGUUCUGGAUCACUGCCCGGCUCUGCGAAGGGUUUAUUUACCUUAUGUAACCAACCAGGCUUACCAGGAGCAGACGUACCAGCGUUUGCUGCACGAAAACACUCGUUUCCCCGGCAUCCUGGCUCGCUUGGAGGAGGACCCCAUCUGCCAAAGACUUCCUCUGACCUCUUUUCUAAUCCUCCCGUUUCAGAGGAUCACCCGGCUUAAAAUGCUGGUGGAGAACAUCUUAAAGAGGACAACACCGGGCUCUCGAGAUGAGGACACUGCCACAAAAGCUUUCAAUGAGCUAAAAAAGAUCAUCAAAGAAUGUAACUCCAGUGUGCAGUCAAUGAAGAGGAUGGAAGAACUUAUCCACCUCAACAAGAAAAUUCACUUUGAGGGCAAGAUUUUUCCUCUCAUCUCUCAGUCCCGCUGGCUGGUGAAACAUGGUGAACUCCUAGAAGUGGACACCCAGAUGAUGAGCAUUUCUGGAUCGAAGCUCAAGUUACCCACAAAGCCUGUGUACCUCCACUUGUUCAAUGACUGCCUGCUGCUGUCCAGGAGGAAGGACACAUGGAAGUUCAUGGUGUUUGUACAUGCCAAGAUAGGAGAGCUGAAAGUGAAGGAUCUCAGUCAGAAGCUGCAAGGAAUCUCGGGCUUCAUCUUUCACCUGCAGCUUUGUGAAGGCCAGCAGCUUAAGCAUCAGAUCCUGCUUAAAUCACACACUGAGAGUGGGAAGCAGAGAUGGAUCACAGCAAUGUUCCCAUCUGACCCACGCGAAGACAUCGAGCAAGCCAGUGAAAAUGAUGAUAUAUCCCAGGUUCAGUGCAUUAAAAGCUACCAAGCCCAAGAGCACGAUGAGUUAACGCUGGACAAAGCUGACAUUCUUCAUGCUAAGACCAUUACAAGUGAUGGCUGGGUGGAGGGCAUCAGACUGUCAGACGGGGAGCGGGGCUGGUUCCCCAAAAGCUACGUGGAGGAAAUCACAAGUCGCAGUGCGCGCCUCCGCAACCUCCGAGAAAAUAUUCGCAUCAAAUGUGUCACACAGAAACUGAAGGGAGAGAACUAACCAUUUUCACUGCAGCUUUUUAUGUGUCAAACCUGCAUUUUAGUUGUGAAGGUGCAUUUUUUAGCUUUUGGAUGACUGUUUUAAUUUUAGAUGGAUGUGGGGCCUUCAGUAUGUAUAGUGUGCAGCUGCUACAACAAGCAAACGUUUCUGGCCAUUUUUUGCAUGCUUCUAAACUGUGUAUCAGCAGUUUCCAUAAGCAUGCCAGCUUUGAAUACAGUUUUGCAAUGAUAAUACAACGUUUUUAAUGCACAUGUAAUUUUUUUUCCCCACUAAGAAUCUGUUGACAGAAGUCUUUAUUUUUAACCAUUUUGCCACUCUGAAAUGUCCAUACUUUGUGAUCGCCAUUAUUUUAUCACUGCUUUCUGUGAAUACAUUUCAAUGCCACUAUCAAGCGUGAAUGUAAUAUAUAUGUAUACCUGCACAUUUAUCACCACCACUGGUAAAUGUAAACAUAUUCAGCAGUAAUCAUGUAUAUUUCAGAGAGCAGUAGAGCAAUGCCAUCUCAAAAUCUGUCACUGCUUUUUUCUUCUAUCAGCUGGCAUAGAUGAAUUCAUCUGCUAUCUUGUGCAGUCAAGUGAAUUUUGUGAGGUGAUCGAGAUCAGGAUCCUCAUCUUAAGGAGUGUGAAUCUGUUGGCUGCCAUUUUAUUAAAGAGGAUGAUAAGUCAGAGGAUUUCCCAAAAUGGUAGUUAAAAAAAUGAAACUAAUUUUCAGGAUUCUAUUGUAACAUAUGAUGCCUUAGCUUAGUUAAAGAGUUGGUGUGACCAUAUUAUACAGCAUGUCCCUGAAGUCUGGACACAUAGGAAACCUCUUUAACUAUCUUUUUUUGACUCCACAGAUUAAAUAUGGCUUUGUUGAAAGAAGAAAAGAGAUGGAUUGAUACUUCUCAGUGGACGUGAAGGAUGGACGUAUCAAAAGAUAGGGUCAGGGUUAGGGAAGUGAUUUUUUUAGGCUACCAUGAAUUUUAGCCAUGGUCAAUUCUUUAGUUUUGGCUGAUAUACAGUGGGGCAAAAAAUAUUUAGUCAGCCACCAAUUGUGCAAGUUCUCCCACUUAAAAUGAUGACAGAGGUCUGUAAUUUUCAUCAUAGGUACACUUCAACUGUGAGAGACAGAAUAUAAGUUCAUUUCUUUCUUCUUUCUACAAAGCCAUGUUUAAUCCAUGGAGGCAAAAAAAGAUAGUUCAUGAGAUUUCCUGUAUCCAGACUUUAAGGACACCCUGUAUGUGUUUUACUGUCAACAAAGUCCAUGAAAAGACCCAAAGUAAUAAUGAAUUGAUCUGAAUGGCAGAGCUGCCUGUGUAUCCAAAGCCUGAUUUUGCUCAUUGCUUUGUGCCAAAAAUGUCCACUUCUGUUCUUAAUCUAUUACUUAAAUUUUUAUUGUGCUUCUGAGUCACAUAGGUGACAUGUUUGUUCACUAUCGCUAACACAUAAAGUGUCAUUUAUUUUGAGUCAGUCGCACUCAGACCGUCCAGCUGCUGUAAGUAUCGCCUAAAGUGCCAAAUGUGUAUUAAUCUGCUGAAAAUAGUCCCCAACAACUGCACUAUCUGCUCCUGUUUUCUAUCAGUUCAGGACAUUUGUGAGAAUUACAAAAAAAGAAACUAUGUGCUUGUCUGUUUCGAAAGAUUUCUGCCCUCAGUAGGAACCAAAAGUGCUUUGGGGCAAAAACAGAUGGGGAAGGAGAAUUUGUAAUAUUAAGAAACUGACUGACAUGUUGUAGUCUUUGGUUUUUUCAUAGCAUUUGUUGACUGUAAUAGAUAUAUAUGUCAUCAGCCUUGUCCUUUAAAACCAGUGAAAAACAAACAUUCCAAAUUUAUUUACAUUUCUUUGCUUUGCGUGUACUAAUUUUAAACCUUGUGUCCCAAUGUAGCAUCAGUUGAAUAAAAUACAGAUUGCUAUAUUAUGUGUAUAAUAUAGAAUAAACAGUUUACACAUUAAUUUGCGAUUAGGUCAGCAUCAUCCACAUUGUUUUCCUCAUUAAGUGUAAAAAUCCCUAAAUGACCGAUAGCUCUGUGUAACUGAGCUGAGACCUGCUGUUAAUGGACCACUAUAAUCAACAUUCAAAUGUAAACUCUUCCAGUGGCACAUGAAAUGUUUAUAACUCUACUAUUUUCUAUAUCUAAGUUGUUAGUUGUAAUUUAAUUUUUUUGCUGUUGCAGCACAUGUAUUUAUACUCCUCUAGCUGGUUGUUCUCUAAGGAGAUUUUGGUGUAAAUGUAUUUUUCUGUAGAUGGCUUCAUGUAUAAAGAGUAGAACAUGUUCUUUGAUGACUGUAAUUUAUAUGAAAAAAGAUUUGACAAACACUUUUACAUUUCAAAAGUAUAAACUUUGCAGCUGGUUUAAUUUCUAAUACCACAAUAAAUAUAUAAACUGUAAUACACUGGAUGUUUACUGACUUUCUGCACAUUGCUGUAAAUGUUUAACCACUGGAAUAAAUACUAAUGAAAUAAAUACA